GGACACAACGGUCAUUUUAAAUUCACCUGAACACAGUUCGAACAAGCUCUUGUCGAGUGCCGGCGAACCGAACCCUAACACUUGAAACCCCUUGCUUCAUCCUCUCUCUCUCUCUCCAAAGAUGUCUCUAUCCUCUCUCUCUCUAGACACCAAGCCGAGAUUCGCUGUCGGAGUUCCACACCACCGCCGUUAUCCUCAUCCCCACCACCCUCGCAGCUUCCUCCCCUGCUCUCCUAAACGUCCAACCAUCUCAGCGUCACUGAGCGUUACCGCUGAUUCAACCACCACCGAGCCACUUGAACGGAUUGGUGCACUGAGUCAAGUCUCAGGCGUGCUAGGUUGCCAGUGGGGAGAUGAAGGCAAAGGCAAGCUCGUUGACAUCUUAGCUCAACACUUCGACAUCGUUGCUCGCUGUCAGGGUGGAGCUAAUGCUGGGCACACUAUAUACAACUCAGAGGGAAAGAAGUUUGCUUUACACCUUGUGCCUUCAGGUAUACUCAACGAGGACACCACUUGUGUGAUUGGCAACGGAGUUGUGGUGCAUUUGCCAGGUCUCUUCAAGGAGAUUGAUGGUCUUGAGUCCAACGGCGUUUCCUGUAAAGGAAGGAUCUUGGUCUCAGACCGCGCUCAUCUCUUGUUUGAUUUCCACCAAGAGGUUGAUGGUCUCAGAGAAUCCGAGCUUGCAAAAUCAUUCAUUGGUACGACCAAGAGAGGCAUUGGUCCUUGCUACUCUAGUAAAGUGAUAAGGAAUGGUAUUAGAGUUGGUGAUUUAAGGCACAUGGACACUUUGCCUCAGAAGCUUGAAGUUUUGCUAGCGGAUGCAGCUGCGAGGUUUAAAGGGUUUAAGUAUACUCCAGAGAUGCUUAGGGAAGAAGUUGAAGCGUAUAAGAGAUACGCUGAGAGAUUAGAGCCUUAUAUAACUGACACGGUGCAUUUCAUGAACGAUGCGAUUUCUCAGAAGAGGAAGGUUUUGGUAGAAGGUGGUCAAGCUACAAUGCUGGACAUUGACUUUGGUACUUAUCCUUUUGUUACUUCCUCUAGUCCAUCAGCUGGUGGGAUCUGUACAGGUCUUGGUAUCGCUCCAAGAGCCGUUGGUGAUCUAAUUGGAGUGGUGAAAGCGUACACUACAAGAGUUGGUUCAGGACCAUUUCCUACAGAGAAUUUGGGACCAGGUGGUGACCUUCUGAGGUUGGCUGGACAGGAGUUUGGGACUACAACUGGUCGUCCUCGUCGGUGUGGCUGGCUUGACCUUGUUGCCCUGAGAUUCUCUUGCCAAAUCAAUGGGUUUGCGUCGCUUAAUCUCACUAAGCUUGAUGUACUUUCCGACCUGGAAGACAUCCAGCUGGGUGUGGCUUAUAAGAAGAGUGAUGGCACUCGUGUUGACUCCUUCCCUGGUGAUCUUCGCCUUCUUGAAGAACUGCAAGUGGAGUAUGAAGUGUUACCUGGAUGGAAGUCGGACAUAUCCUCAAUCAGAAACUACUAUGAUCUUCCAAAGGCUGCACAGCAAUAUGUUGAGAGGAUUGAAGAACUAGUGGGUGUGCCCAUUCAUUACAUUGGUAUUGGACCCGGUCGUGAUGCCCUUAUAUAUAAAUGAGUUUUAGUUUAGGCUUUUUUUUUGGCUCUUCCACAGACUUAAAGAUUUGAUGAAGCAUCAAGUUACUUGAGAUGAUUACUCGCUUUGUAGUGACUAAUGUAUCUGCUGCAUUGUUUGAAGAGUAAUAACUAAUAAGGAAUGAGUUUGUUGAUUUUUUUUCUAGUUUA